AUGAAGGCGACGGCACAGCUCUGUCUCCCUGGAUGCGGAGUGGGCCUCGUUGCGAUGAAGGGGGCCAAAGAGACGGCCAGCGAGGUGUCAGGCUCCGCAACACCACCCUCAGUCUCCACCAGAGGGAGCUCGAGCGAUCUUCUACCGGAUGAGCAGAUGGAGGAAGGGCUCAGGACCAUCCUGCCAGGUCCAAGUGAUGGCAAACUUGGGAGAAAGUCGGGCGGGAAGAAGAGCCUGGGCCAGAAGAAGUCUCACCGAAAGGGCGCAAGGAAGUCCAAGUCCAUCAGCGACUUGCUCGAGGAGCGACGGCAAGAGGUACAGAGCAGCCAGCAUGAGUGGUGGACCUACAAGUUCGCCAAGGUGGUCUCCUGGGUGGUCUUGGGUCUCUUUACGGCGGCCUCCGUGCUGCUGGUGGCCUUGUGGGCCAGGCACGAGCAUGAGGAGUCCUACGUGGUCACCUUGUUCGUGAUGGCCAUCGCGGCGAUGGCCUACUUCGCCAAGGUCACGGGCAUGGGCGAGGCGCAGAUUCGAGGCAAGACCAUCCCAGUCAUCCGCUACAUCGAUUGGAUCGCUACGACUCCCCUGAUGCUUUAUGAGCUUUGCACGAUUGGCGGCGCGGAGAAGCACACCAUAAUCAUCGUCAUCGGAAGCGAUAUCCUGAUGCUGGUGGGCGGCAUUGUCAGCGCCAUGAUUGUCCCCAAGGGCAAGGUGAUGCAGAAGUAUGCCUGGUUUGGCAUAUCCAUCUUCUUCUACAUCCUAAUGGUUGUGGCGCUGGAGGUAGAUGUUUCCUACGGCACCGUGUUGGAGCGUCCGCCAGAUGUGCAGCGGCUCUUCAAGCAGCUGUCUUGGCUGACAGUGAUCUCGUGGACGGGAUAUCCGAUUGUGGUCCUUCUAGGCCGGGCUCAUGCCGGCUUGAUCUCGAAAGGGAUGGAAGACGCGCUGCUGUGCAUCCUCGAUUGCAUCUCGAAGAUUGGGAUGGAGUUUUUUGUUGUCUUCACGUGCUCAGCCCACGGAGCGCAGUGCCACGCACAUGGCUCGGAGCCCUUGGAGGGCGGCCACCACGGCCUCGACGGCCACCACUGA